AGCCUCUGCAUUUUUUUUUGUCUGUCUGAAUGCUACACCAAGGACGGUGGAGGGGGGGGAGAAAAAAGAGAGAAGAAGACGAAAAAAAAACCCUGAAGAAAUGUGACAAUUCAACGGUCGUUUUCAUGGCGAGGCGGCGACUGGUGCGAAGGGAGUUAUUCUGGGACUCCUUCGAGCCUCGAAACGCUGGAUCAAAAUGCUCAUAGUGGAGAAGACCACAGACUUCCCCUCUGCUGAGUUCUCCCUGGUGGAGGAUGUGGCUCUGCACUUCACCUGUUUGAUGGACAGGCUGAACGAGCAGCGCCUCUUCCAGCCCGACCUGUGCGACGUCGACAUCGUUCUGGUGCGUCAGCACAGCACCUUUCCGGCCCACAAGGGCGUGCUGGCGGCCUACAGCCCUUUCUUCCACUCCCUCUUCGCACAGAGCAAACAGCUGCGGCGGGUGGACCUGUCGCUCGACGCGCUGACCUCGCAGGGCCUGCAGCAAAUCCUCAACUUCAUCUACACUUCCAAACUCCUGGUGAGCAGCCGCACUGUCCACGACGUGCUCAACGCGGCCGCCCUGCUCCAGAUGAGCGACAUCGCGGCCUCCUGUCGCGACCUCAUCGGCAGCCACUCGCUGAGGGCCACCUGCGGGGGCGUGGCCAAGCGGGAAGGGCUCGGUGGCGGUGAGCCAGCUUCUGCAGCGAUGCCUUCCAGCCAGCUGUACCCGGGGAUCAAACAGGAGUCGGAGCUGGGGAGGUUGUACAAGAGGGACGGCGGCAGCCCGUUUUCUGUCAGGCUGGAGGAGGCGGGAAAGGCGGCCUCCCAGCAGAAGCAGUAUUACCAGAAGGAGGAGGCGUCAGGGGGCGGGGCCGGCACAGGCGUGGCUGCUCUCUGCAAAGUCGAGAGCAACGGGGAGGAGUCAAAGGCCGCCGACAGCCACGCCUCCUUCAACAGAGACCAGAUCAUUGUCGAGGUCAACCUCAACAACCAGACCCUUAACGUGUCGAAGGGGCCGGAGGCGAAACCACCAAGCGCCGCCGAGUCGGCCGCCAUGUUCGGUUGCUGCCACGACAACGAGGGGGAUUCCGAAGACGGGGAGGAGGACGAGGCGGAGAACGACGACACGGGUGAGGACGAGGGCGAGUCGAAGAGGGGGGACGCGCUGGGGCGGAGCAGCGAGGAGGAGGAGGAGGAAGAUGAGGAAGAGGAGGAGAACACCUUAAACAUUCCGGGCUUGGAGCAGUCCGCCCUGGUGGACAGAACUCGCCGGGGCACCAGGGCCUUCGCCACGGCGGGCACCGCCGCCUCCAUGAGGCAGACUCUGGCAGAGGCCAAGCUGGCCAACCAGCGGCAGGGCGUGAGGAGGAGGCCGGACGCAGACGGCCCGGGGCAAAAAGUCCGGCUGGAGGAGAAGCAGCAUUUUCCGUGCAAGAAGUGCCCUCGCGUCUUCAACAACCGCUGGUACCUGGAGAAGCACAUGAACGUCACGCACAACCGCGUGCAGGUCUGCAAUAACUGUGGGAAGCGCUUCCUGCUGGAGAGCGAGCUGCAGCUGCACCAACAGACCGACUGUGAGAAAAGCAUCCAGUGUGUAACAUGUGGCAAGGCCUUCAAAAAGCUGUGGUCGUUACACGAGCACAACAAGAUCGUCCACGGCUACGCCGAGAAGAAGUUCUCCUGCGAGAUCUGUGAGAAGAAGUUUUACACCAUGGCUCACGUCAGGAAGCACAUGGUCGCUCAUACGAAGGACAUGCCGUUCACCUGUGAGACGUGCGGGAAGUCGUUCAAGCGCAGCAUGUCACUUAAGGUUCACUCUCUGCAGCACUCGGGAGAGAAACCCUUCAAGUGUGAGAACUGCAGCGAACGCUUCCAGUACAAAUACCAGCUGCGAUCCCACAUGAGCAUCCACAUCGGACACAAGCAGUUCAUGUGCCAGUGGUGCGGGAAGGACUUCAACAUGAAACAGUACUUUGACGAACACAUGAAGACGCACACUGGAGAGAAGCCGUACAUCUGUGAGAUCUGUGGGAAGAGCUUCACGAGCCGGCCCAACAUGAAGCGCCACCGCCGCACCCACACCGGGGAGAAGCCCUACCCCUGCGAGGUGUGCGGCCAGCGCUUCCGCUUCUCCAACAUGCUGAAGGCCCACAGGGAGAAAUGCUUCCGGGUCAGCAACCCCAUGGUCGCCGAGGGCAACGAGCCCCUGGGCCUCCAUCAGCCGCCCGCCGCGGACUCUUCCUCCUGCGGCCGGGCGCUCCCCGCCACGUCUGCCUCCAGCCCGCGCCACCUCCAUGGCACCCAGCUGUCUCUUCCCCUGCUGCACUCCAUGGGGGGGCUGCCGCCCGCCCCUCACCUGCCCCCGCCGCCGCCCCUGUUCUCUGCCGAGCUUUUGGGAGGACUCCCGCGGCCGGAGAGCGAUGCACCUCUGUGACGUUUACGCUGAGAGGAAAGACUAAAGGCUAACACACACACACACACACACACACACAUACCACAAUAAGAAAUAGUUAUUUUUUACUCUGUUUAAUACAAUAGAUAACCUCAGAGUCCAGUAGGACGUCUUGUCGCCGCGCCUUUCCUCAUCAAUUUCACAAACUCAGUUGUGGUUUCUUUUCGGGGUUCACACACAUCUCUCCAGAGCCGCGCACAAUGCAUUGAUUGUAGCAUCUUUUGCAAAGUCGUCAGGAGGUGUUUCCCAAAUCCUCACUGUCAGUCGAGCGAGAACCACACUAUAAUGAUAAUUUAAAAAAAAAAGAAGAAAACUUGUUCUUGAUCGUUCUCGGCCAAGAUGUAGCUACCUGAUCUGCAAUAACCAAAUGCUGAUUUGUCUGAGCAUAAACAUGUACAUGGCAUCGCCAAUAACCAAAUCCUGUUAGCUCACCUGCUAUAGUUACACAGUUUUAAUGUUAUACAGCAUUUAUAAUCGAUCCUGCACCUUACAUUUAACUCUAGUGAUAUUUUAAAUGUACUCCUAACUGUCUCCAUUUUUAUAAUUGUGGUGGUGUGGUAUUUGUGGCAAGAGAAGUUGUGAUGCGUGGAGGGUCGGCCGUGUGAUGCAGUGUGUGUAUGCGUACGUGCGUGCGUGUGUGUGUGUGUGUGUGUGUGUGUGUGUGUGCGUGCGCUCGAGGGAUGAGAUGAAGAUCUUGAGAUCUAUGCUCAGUUAAACAGCCCCCCCCCGAGUCAGGAGAUGGAGACUCAUUUGUCGACUCGUCUUUUGCUUACAUUAAGCAAACACGCUCUUCUCCUGUAGAUUUGGCUUUGAGACGAUAUCGCACUUUUCUGUGACCUGUUAGUAAAAACCUAAUGUAAUCCCACCUACUGCGUAUUUGUGGGUUUAAAAUGUUAAUGUUAACUUGCAUUUCUCAACUAAACCAUUUUUGUGUAAUUUAAUUUGGAUAAUACCAGUAUUACGUAGCUCAGUAAUUAUGCACAUUUCAACAAGAUGUAUAUUGCGAAAUGAUGAACAUUACAUUACAAUUGGGCACAACAGAGUGCAUCACUAGAAGGGCUUCUAAUGGUAAAUUAUAUAAAUCAGUGCAUUUCUUAUAAAGACACAUCAUAAACACAUCAAAGUUAUGGACAUGCAGUAAUACUCAUUUGGGACUCUACGUGCACUUUGGACAAUUGUUUGUCAUAAACCUACAGGAGUAGAACUGAAAGAAUAAAAUCCAUGUCAGUAAAAAGCGGUUCUCUUAAAGCAAUAGUUUGACUUUUUGGAAGCAGCUUGUUAGCUUUGCUUAUUAGACAGAAAGUGGUGCAAGCAGAGGAAGGCAGCUGGCUGGAUUCUGUCUGAGGGUGAAAACACAAAAGAAUACAGGAAUUAGCCUGAAAGCACAUAAUGCUCACUAUUUGACACCUGCAGCUUCAUAUUUAGUGUACAUAUAUGAGUGUGGUGUAUAUAUAUAUAUAUAUAUAUAUAUAUAUAUAUAUAUAUAUAUCUUCUCAGCUACCUUCCGCAAGAAAACUAACAAGCAACUUCCCAAAAUGUCAAAAUAUUUCUUUUUAAAUCAAUCAAUAAAUUUCAAUCAAUUAAUUUCCAAAAACCGUUGCACUCCCGCUCACUUUAUCUAUGGCCUGCUUGUAGUGUAGCGUUGACCUGUAAAUAUUGUUAAGAUGUGUUUUUGUGUUUAAUUCCUCUUGUUUACAUUCGGAGAGCCACUCGAAUGUGCCCCCAUGUGCGUCUUGGCUGGUACUUCCGAAUGUUGGAAUUUGUGGAUGAACUUUUGUAAAUGUCAUGCUGUUCAUUGUUUUAUUUAAAAGACAAAUUGAAGCACCUUAGUUUAGUCUUAUGUCUGUUUUCUCAUCCCAGUUCCGUGUGUCUCUUAAACUGCCAUGGUUAAAUGAUUAGGGCCACCUCAGAUGCUAUAUGACAAUGGUACUUUUUGUUUUGUUUCUUCAUGUGUCAAACACAUGUUUUGUAUUUUGAUUUGCUGCUUUUGAAUAGGGUCCAGUUUGAAACGGCCCUUUAAAUAGAACGUCUACAGCUGUUAAAUUUUGGCUGGCACGAGAUACAAUUUAAACAUUUUGAUCAGUUUGAUGAGGUAACCGCCAACAUUUCAGAAUUGAUCUCAGUCGUAGUUAUUUGGGGACAUCUGAUGUUUGACGGACUGAAGGCAGUUUCUCCCAAACACAACUGCACUCUCUUGUGGGAGCUCAGUGAACUGCACUCUGUUACCUACAAGAGAAAGAGAAAAGUCUCCCCUGAGAGUAGAUUGUCGUGCAUAGUGUAUCUCAUGUCAUCACUGGAGACACUAGUACUUUGGGAUCAUUAGAAAGGCUAAAGAUUGAACGUAUUUGGCAUCAAAUAUCUGUCACUGUUCAGAAGCAGUAGCCCAAGAGACAAUACUGAGAUACUGUGGUUAUUGUUUGUGUAUUCGCCUUAUACUCCGAGGGAUUUGAAUGUUUCUAUGUUACGGACGAUGAUAGUAGCUGAUGCUAAAAGAGGAGCGAUAGUAGUGAAUACUACUGAUUUAUGCACUUUGAAUUUACCCCAUAACGGGGAACAUGCAUAUACAAGUUGGGUGAUAGAUAGAGCUAAAGUUAAAAGGCUAAAGAAAAAAAAAGAUAUCCACACAGCCGGCUGAAUCAGAACGCAUGCAUUUUACACUUAAAUGUACCAUGUGGAUAGUGACACUCAUUAACAAUUAACAAAUUACUGUCAAUUUGUUCAGUUUCUGAGCAAAGUUCAUUGUCAGUAAGAUACAGAAGUGGCAGAGGAGUCGGUCAUGGUUCAUCCUGCACCUUAACUGGUGUUUCUGUUUCAGUCUUCCUGUUUGACACCAUGCCGCUCUUUUAACAAGAACUCCCUGCACACGGUACAUCUGUGCUAUUUCUGAUUGGCUUGUUCCCAAAUCACUAUCCAAAAUAGAAGUUGUAGCUCUUACCAGUUUGCUCCAUUUGAAGGGGCCUUUAAUAUGUGACUGUUUCAUUUAAUGCUAGAGAAAAUGUCAAGGAAGUUGUCGGUUGCCAAUUGGGGAAUGAGAAAGCUCCAUUAUUGCGAGCACUUUAUAUUACAGUUCAGCUAGUGUGGUUUGAAGGCUGAAAAUCUGCUGAUGAUAGGUGGGCUUUUUAUAUUUCCCGGGCAUAAGAUUAUACAAAAAUACAAUUCCUGCCAGAAAUGUUGCCUUGUGAAGUCCUCUGAAUUAACGUUUCAUUUAGACCAAAGGAUGCUGAAAAUGCCUGUUCCAACCUAUAAAAAAGAAGUCCUGCGGUAUUUACCUGUUUUGAAUCUGUUGAAAUAUUAGUUUAGAAUCUCCACAAGUCCAAAUCUAAAUCCACUUUAGCAAGCAGGAUUUAAAAUGUUUUAAUCCUGAGUCUUUGUCUUACUAUUUAGUGAACUAGUCCUCCCUAAAUCCAUCUGCAAACAAGAAAAAACCCAUUCCAGACAUCAUCAGAGCGACAAUGUGCAGGCCUACAUUAGAGGAGACUAGCCUUACUGUGAUUUUUAGCCAAAUUUUCCUGAACUAAGGCUAGCAGCCAAAGGCUCGUAUUUGAUCGGGUAGAGAUGAACCUGCCCUUGUUGUUAAAUUUGUCAGUGAUCAGGUUGCUGCCUCGACACCACAGCGGCCGAGCUGUGUUCUGCGUUGCACUCGAGGCAAAUGUCACACAAAGAAGCGCUCAGCAUGGCGGUUUGUGCAAAGCAGAGUGAUCAUGGGAUGAUCAGGUAGCGUCUCUACUGGGACUUGCAGUUUGGGGGUUUAGCUGCUAGAGCCUGGGUGUGCAUCCAAAAGGAUUUUGAUUAUCUUGCCUUCGGCUUCAAGAAAUAUUGUGGGAAUAUUGCUAUUUUAAUGCAAUAGCAGUUGUUUUCAUGAAGAUUUGUAGAGAAAGCAGUAUGUGUAUGAAAGAGUUUAAAGAAAUGUGUAACCCCUUUGAAGAUGAAAAAAUUGUCUCAUUUGUAAGAAUGGAGGAUCGUUUUUUUUUUUUUUUUUUGGUGCAAAUUUGUGGAGCCCCAAAAUAUUACACAAAUAAAUCAUAAAUAUAACAGAUCAUUAAAGCAAUAAUAUUCUUAAGUGAUUAAAAUGGAGUAGCAGAACUACCUGGAUUACCAAUUAAUCUUGGAAAUUGACAAUUCUAUCAAUAUACUGUCAUAUGUAAUAUAUGACAAAACAAGACAUUUGAAAAUGUUCACUUGGCCAUUAAAGGAUAUUGAUUCAUCCUUAUAGCUUUUAAUCUUUAUAUUUGCUGACAUUUAAUCAAUCGAUUGAGUAUUCCACACCCAUGUGCACAGCAACACUGACUGUAACUGUUACAGCCCUAGUAAAAGGAAAUACUUUUAAGGAGCAAGACGCUACUUAUUUAUGAAAGUAUUUUAGCUUUAUUUUGUUUUGUUUUUUAAAUCAUACACACACGUGCACAAGAAUAUAGAAUCAAAAGUCUGAGAAGUCAUACCUUUGAACAUAAUUAGUUUUAUUGGCUAGCUGACGCGGAUUUGCCUUAGCUAGCCAGCUUGUUAGCUUGUUGGCUAAAUUACUCUAAGAUAUAAAGUAUACUUAUAAGAUGAGGGUAUAUAGUAUAUUGAUCAUUAACAUCGUGUUUCUUGGCAGGCGUAGUUGUAUACCCAAGGCUGGCAGACGUGCGUUUAGCCGCCAGCGUUUUCACCAAAGCUAAUUGGUUAGCCUGCACUCCCUCUUAAUUUUCCCUUAAUUUGCUCCACAAAUAUUGCAAACAGUUCAGUUUUAGUCAUUUAUUAUUUUAACUGACAGUAUUGUUAUUAGCGAUGUGUUCAGUUUUAUUUGAUAAUCCUUUACUACAUUUUGUCAGUGUUGGGGCUCCAUAUAAUCUAGACUAUGACAUGUUGGUAACUUGGCAUGUGGGACUUUGUUUGGCUGUUUGUUCGGUGGUGACUUUCCCUUUUUGUGGGCAAAGACGUGUACGACAACAAUUCAAAGAUGUAUUAUCCACAUCCCCUACAUUUACCGUACCUAAUCAUACUGCCGCUUUGUUAAUUCAUGCGUACUGUUAUUUACUGAUUCUCUUCUUCAUUAUGAAAACACUGUCUUUGUUAACUCUGGUGUACAAAACCCAUGUGUAGGCAGUAGUUGUCAAGUUCAGCUAUAUUAAAAUACUAAAAUUCAUACAAAGACAAUAGUGUCUAGAGGUGCUAAUAACAUUAGACUGUAUUUUCUGUCUUCUAUUGUAUUAUUGACUAGUGUUUACUGUCUGUAACACAGCAGAGCGUAAUUAAAUCAUUUCAAUAUUAAACAGUAUAAAUAUAUUAUUUCAAA